ACCACGGUACAAAAUAGGGUCAGAAGAAACCAGCCAGAGAGUGAUUCCAAAUCUCCAAUUAUUUCCCUCUUCAAUCCCCUCUCCAAUCACAACUUCAUCCUCACUGCAUUCUCCCUUCAGAUUUUGCAGAAAAAAAAGUAAUUAUCAUCUUGUCAUCUCCAUCUUUCAAAAUUUUCCAAAUGGGCCUGCAGAAAAAUUUUCAAUAGUAUAACGCCCUCUUUUUCUUUGUUUUCAUCUCCAUCUUUCAAAUUUCAAAAUGGGAUUUGAUGAAAAUAAUUUGUUUUCAUGAAAAAUCUUUCACCAUCCUAAAUACCGAGACUGAGUUCUGAGUUUUUACUUUGAUGGGUCCAAAUCCAAAGAUGAAAAGGGAAUUUCUUGACUCAACAAGGUCAUCACCAUUCCCAGAUGAAGUACUGGAACGAGUUCUUUCACUCUUGAAAUCACACAAAGAUCGUAGCGCAGUGUCUUUAGUAUGCAAGGACUGGUACAACGCAGAAAGCUGGUCAAGAACUCAUGUUUUUAUAGGGAACUGUUAUUCAGUCUCUCCUGAAAUUGUUGCACGUAGAUUUCCAAUAAUUAAGAGUGUUACUCUUAAAGGGAAGCCAAGAUUUUCUGAUUUUAAUCUAGUGCCUGAAAAUUGGGGAGCUGAUGUUCAUCCUUGGCUUGUAGUUUUUGCAACGAAGUAUCCGUUUUUGGAAGAGCUGAGGCUUAAGAGAAUGGCUGUUAGUGAUGAAAGUUUGGAGUUUUUGGCUGUUAAUUUUCCUAAUUUUAAGGUUCUUUCUCUGUUGAGCUGUGAUGGGUUUAGUACUGAUGGGCUUGCUGCUAUUGCCACUCAUUGCAAGAGUUUGACUCAGCUUGACAUACAAGAGAAUGGCAUUGAUGACAAGAGUGGUGGUUGGUUAAGCUGCUUCCCUGAAAACUUCACAUCAUUGGAAGUACUAAACUUUGCCAAUCUGAAUACUGAUGUCAAUUUCGAUGCACUUGAGAGACUUGUAAGUAGGUGCAAGUCACUAAAGGUUCUGAAGGUCAACAAAAGUAUUUCCUUGGAACACCUACAAAGGCUGUUAGUUUGUGCUCCACAAUUAACAGAGCUUGGCACUGGUUCAUUCACACCAGAGCUCACAACUCGUCAGUAUGCGGAGCUUGAAAGUGCAUUUAACCAGUGCAAGAAUUUACAUACCCUUUCAGGUUUAUGGGAGGCAACAGCACUAUAUCUACCAGUUCUGUACCCUGUCUGUUCAAACUUGACUUUCUUAAACCUGAGCUAUACUUUUCUGCAAAGUCUUGAACUUGCUAGUCUUCUCCGUCAAUGUCCACGACUUAGACGCCUCUGGGUCCUGGACACUGUGGGGGACAAAGGGCUGGAGGCUGUUGGAUCCAACUGUCCAUUGCUUGAGGAGCUCCGUGUCUUCCCUGCCGAUCCCUUUGAUGAGGAAAUUAUCCACGGGGUGACUGAAGCAGGGUUUGUUGCUGUCUCUUAUGGAUGUCGAAGACUCCACUAUGUUCUCUACUUUUGCCGGCAGAUGACUAAUGCUGCAGUAGCAACCAUUGUGCAGAACUGCCCUGAUUUCACCCACUUUCGUCUUUGCAUAAUGAAUCCAGGCCAACCGGAUUACUUGACAAAUGAACCUAUGGACGAGGCUUUUGGGGCUGUGGUGAGGACUUGCACUAAACUACAGAGGCUUUCUGUUUCAGGUCUCUUGACAGACCUGACAUUUGAAUAUAUUGGGCAGUAUGCCAAAAAUCUGGAAACUCUGUCUGUGGCUUUUGCGGGCAGCAGUGAUAGGGGGAUGCAGUGUGUGCUAGAAGGUUGUCCAAAGUUGAGGAAACUUGAGAUAAGGGACUGCCCAUUUGGAAAUGCAGCACUUCUUUCAGGUUUGGAGAAGUACGAGUCUAUGAGGUCACUCUGGAUGUCAGCCUGCAAUGUGACAAUGAAUGGCUGUCGGUUAUUGGCAAGGGAGAUGCCCAGAUUGAAUGUUGAAGUAAUGAAAGAGGAUGGAAGUGAUGACUCUCAGGCUGAUAAAGUUUAUGUUUACCGUUCUGUUGCGGGGCCAAGAAGGGAUGCUCCACCUUGUGUACUCACUCUCUCAGGUUUAUAAAAUAUGCAGGUGCACCUGGUGUUAGAUUUUUCUUGCUCUUCAUCAACUUAGGAGCGAUUUGAAUUUUCUCGAGUUUACAUUCUUGAAGCUUUGCUGUGUUAAUAUUGCAUUUCUUUAUCAUCACAGGAUCUUGUUUAAAUAACAAGACAAGCCACGGCGUGCAGGGAUUGGGAUGCAGUUUAUACAACUGGAUGAUGUGGAUGGUUAAAAAGAAGAAAGAUGGACUGCAUGAAACUUGUAUUUGUUCUUCUACUGCUGUUUCCCUUAAUGACACAGCAAAUAUGAAAAUAUGGAAGCUAAAUAUACUACAAAGCUUAUGCAUCAACAAUCUCCAGUACUGGAUACAACUUCUCUUCCCAAACCUUUGAAAAGCAAGAUUGCAAGGUUUCCUAUGCAGAAAUGGAUGAAGCAGCCAUGGUAAUGGGUCACAAAUGAACCAAAAUCCAUCCCCACAAUGCAUUGCCAUCCUGGUCCAUGCACCCUGUCGAAGUCCUGCGAAAACAAGAAUCCCCAAAAUUGGCUUUCUUCAAUUAUUUAAUUCCAAAUAAUCAUCUAGUACUUUCCAGGAGGUUACCUUCUUUAUGAAGCGGGCAAUAUCAGUGGACUCGGUAACAUCAAAGAUAUCAAGGGCCUUCGCAGCUAAGUGAAGUGCAUCCUGCUGCAUGGUUUGAAGCAUGUCAGUCUCGCCAACAACAGCUUUGCCUUCUAACAUGGUUGAAGGAUGCUUUGUUACUGGGUAUGGCAGAAGAGUUGAAAAGAGAAAGCAGUGGUGUUAGAGGUAUGGCUUCUGCAAGGAUUAUAUAGACCUGUUGACAAAGGAGUGGCCAGUGGGUGCUGGUGCUUAGUCCUACACUGUGUUGGCAGGUUGCAUCAACUGGUGCAAUAGAAGAAUGCCAAGUAUGGCAGACAUAGUCUGCUGGGGCCUGAUGCAUAUCGGUGAUUUGAUCUGGGACCAAUUCUGAUCAAUGGCUCAUGGUUGCUUAGUGUGGAAGGGGAUGUUCUUUCUAGGUCCACGUUAUCUUUGAGAUGUUGGAUGUUUGUGGUUGUAUGACACUAGUAUUUGCCAUGAUUUUGCUGGAGAAUGUUGAAAGGUUCAUAAUUUCUUGUCC